GAAAGCUGAAACUUCCUCGAAUGAGGCCUCAAACUGAGUGAGACCUCGUCACACGUCUGCCCAUGGACAGGCUCGUACAUUUAAGCAAAGUUUUUUGGCCUCUGCGAUUUUAUUUUUGUAUUUGCCGAUAACCCCCUCUUAUGUCCACGGUUGUCGUUUCCCUGGAAGGGACGCGCUCAUUGGCAACGCUCGUAAACGGGCCGUGAUUUUCAGUGAUAUAGGGGUUCGUCAUGCCCGUCCGAGCAGAGUGCUGCUGCACAGCCGGCUCGGCCUGCCCAUCCCCGGCCUGUCUUCACCCUCCCGCGCCGGUCAACACGCACCAGCCGGGGGUGGCCACUUCGCUGCUGUACAGCGGCUCGCAGUUUCGGGGCUACCAGAGAAGCAAAGGCAACUCCUACGACGUGGAGGUUGUUUUACAGCAUGUGACUAUAGAGAACUCCUAUUUGUGUGGAUACCUGAAGAUCAAAGGCCUAACUGAGGAGUAUCCCACUCUUACGACGUUCUUUGUCGGCGAAAUUAUCAGCUGCAAGAGGCUGUUUUUAACCAGGAAGUGGGAUGCAGAUGAGGAUGUGGACAGAAAACACUGGGGAAAGUUUCAGGCUUUUUACAAAUAUGCAAAGACCUUCAACUCCGAUGACUUUGACUACACAGCGUUGGAAAAUGGUGACUAUAUUUUCAUGAGAUGGAAGGAGCAGUUUCUAGUUCCUGACCACACGAUCAAAGACAUCAGCGGUGCUUCCUUUGCGGGCUUCUACUACAUUUGCUUCCAGAAGUCCACAGCCACCAUUGAGGGCUACUAUUACCACAGAAGCUCAGAGUGGUACCAAUCUCUUAGUUUAAACCACAUCGGAGAGCGCAGUAUGUCUAUUUAUGAAUUCCGAUGACGCACAGAAAGGACGGUUCACGCUGCUCUGAGCUUCGGCGGGACAGAAUGGAUGGAGAGCUCCUGAAAUGUGUUAACACUGGAGGUGAUCAAGUUCUCAGAAAUGCUUGAGGUGGACUGUAAGAACGAACGCAGAGAUGGAAAAACACAAAAGACGAGGAGAAGAAAAGAAAAAGUUCAGGGGGAAGAGUACAAUUCUGCUGCAAAGCUGCUUGAAUUUUAAUUUGUACUUUAGUCCGCCUGUGUUCAAACAUUUUGCUGUCAUGGCCUCUUUUCUUAAGCAGUUUUAUUAUUUAUUUUUGUCCCGGUGCAUGCUUUGAUGAACAAAAGUCAAGAAAAAGGCUUCAGUUAAACAAACAAAUAUGUUUUAUGGCUCCAACAAAUUCUGAACAGAAAUCCAGCUUUUGUAAGAUACGAUAGAUGGAUUGUGGGACGGGAGAUCUGUAUGUGGGGAAGGUUAUGUUACAGCUGUUAGGCUCAACAAAUCAGGUUAAAAAAAAUCAACUUGAUCCAAAAAAAACUAAGAGUAUUGUUGUUGUGAUUUAAAGUGGGGAAAAAAUUUGUUCCAGGUUUACAUUUAGAGCUGUGCAAAAAUAAUUUUGGCUCUGUAAAGAUGAGGAAACUUAAAAAAAGCUAAUUUCUUUUAGUAAUUAUGUAUAAUUCUUUGGGGCAAAAAGGGUAGGAAUCUAAUUUGACGUAAUCGUGGAGAACCAGUUGCCUUACACUUUUUUAAUGUUUGUAAACACUUUUUUUUUUUUUUAAAGACUGAUGAGGCUGGAUUUGAUUUGCUGUCACGAUUCUUUUGUAUAUCUGAGAUGGAUUUUUGCACGAAUGCUGUUUCCUCAGCUGAGCCAAAGUGGUCCUGAACGGCUCUGAUGUAAAACAAACGCACCUUCAGUUUUGGUUUCACUCGCAGACUUCCAGCCGACCAGCCGCACAUCCUCAGUUUCUAUGUCAAAUAUAACGGCACUUUAAUUUUUUUUAAAGCCAAAGAAAAGGGGAUUGUAUUUAUUAAACUCCCAAAUGGUUUUUCUUUUAUCAAUCAUGUAACAAAAAAAGAGGAAAAUGUGCAAUGAAAGGAGAAAAUGUUUAAGAGUAUGAUUUAUGUAUUUGAGUCAUUUUAAUUUAAAGUGUAUUAUAAUUCUGCAAUGAAAAAAUGUGGAAGGACAAUAAAAAAAGUAUUUUAUA